ACUCUUUCGGAUCUUUUAUUAUGUUGGCAACGACUGAUAUCUCUAACUGAAUUAUAUCUUAAUCGGUUGAAACGAUGAUAAACACUUUUUUAACCAAUGAUGGAAUACCAUAUGCUUCAAAUGUUUCUUGGUAGGAGUGUGGUUAAGUGAUGAAAAAAUUGUUUGUUGAACACCAGUAGAUAAUUAUAUUCGAAUAGAGUGGCAUAAGUCAAUCUAGAACUAAUCGUUUUGUGAAAAAUGAGUGUACCGACCCUGUUUUCUCCCAUCACUGUUGGAAAUCAUGAUUUGAAUCAUCGGAUCGUGCUAGCACUAUUGACAAGGCUUCGAAAUACCGAAGAUGGCAUCCCGCAAGACAAAUGUGUUGAAUACUAUAGGCAACGAACUACCAAGAAUGGCUUAUUGAUAAGUGAGGGAACAUUCAUUUCGCCCGCUAACAAUGGCUACCCGUUCGCCCCUGGCAUUUACACUGACGCUCAAGUCGAAGGAUGGAAACGGGUUACAGAUGCAGUGCAUGAAAAAGGUGGUAUUAUAUUCAAUCAGCUUUGGCAUGUUGGACGUACUGGAGCUACAAACACUGUAUCUGCGUCCGCUAUACCUAUUAAUGGAAGGAAUGUGUGGGGUCAGGAAUACGAUGUUCCGCAUGCACUAACCGUUGAUGAAAUAAAAUCUACAAUACGAGACUAUGCCAAUGCAGCCAAAAAUGCAAUAAGAGCAGGAUUCGAUGGAGUUGAAUUGCAUGCUGCUUACGGUUAUCUUAUUGAUCAAUUCAUCAACUCUUCAAGUAAUAUUCGCCAAGAUAAAUACGGCGGAUCCAUUCAGAAUCGUGCACGUUUCGCUUUGGAAGUUAUCGAUGCUGUUGUCGAAGCAGUUGGUGCUAGAAAUGUAGCUAUUCGCUUCUCUCCAUGGUCUGAAUUCCAAGAUAUGAAGGAUGACACACCAGUGGAAACAUGGUCAUACAUUACACAAAAAUUGCAAGAUCGUCAUCCUGAUUUGGCUUAUCUUCAUUUCGCCGAGGCUAGAGUCACAGGAGGUAGUGAUGUAGAUGAAGAGCAGGCAGAAUCGUUAGACCCAUUCCGUGAAAUUUGGAAAGGACCAUUUGUGAACUGUGGUGGCUAUAACCGGACAAAAGCUAUUCAAUUAUGCGAGAAAAAGCCGAACAAUUUGGUUGCUUUCGGCCGUAUAUUUAUAGCGAAUCCUGAUUUGGUGGAACGUUUACGACGAGAUUUGCCGCUGAACAAAUAUCAUCGUCCCACCUUCUACACUCACGGAAGUGAUGGUUAUACUGACUAUCCGUUUCACUCAGAUACUGUGUGAUAAAUUCAUCAUUUUUCUGGAAACAUAAAAUAGUUUAGUUGAGAUUAAAAUUGUAUAGUGAUUUGAUAUAGGUUCUGAAAGAAUAGGUGAGCUACGA